AUGAAAGGAGUUUCUAAAUUGAAAUAUAGGAUUGUGUAUUGUUCAGGUGAAGAUUAAGACUAUCCUGUGACUGAAUUACUCACGCAAUCACCAUAAAGCAGAGGUUGGCAAGCACCCAAAUAUUGUGAAUAUCCCCAAGAAAUAGCAAUUUAAUUUGUUAGUGCAGCAAGAGUUAGACAGGUUCAAUUCUUGUCUCAUCAUUGCAAGAUCUCUACAAAGAUUGAACUUUAUGUUCACAUGCCAGAUAAGAAUAUACCUCCACAAUAUAAUCAAAUCAAAUAUAAGAAAUUGGGGUAUUUAUCCCUGGAUUCCAAUGAGAGAGGAGGAUACCAGGCAAGAGAAUUAAAAAGUGUAUAUAUAGACACACCAUGUUUAUUCAUGAAAUUUGUAUUUCAAAAAUGCUUCGUGAACAAAUUUAAUCUUUUCAACCAAAUUGGUGUUAUUGCUUUGUCAGUCUUUGGUGAACCCCUUGAUUCCCCUCCUGGAUAUGGAUAGAUGAAAUAGAAAGAAUUUUAUAAUGAAAUUUAAUUUGAAACAUAAUUCGAUCAAAAUACUCUUGAAAGACUACGAAUGCUUGAGGAGGCCAAGGACAAAGCUGUCUCAAGAGAAGAUUUCAUGGAAGCCAAAAGGAUUAAAGAGGCUAUAGAAAGGUUAAAAUAGAUAGGAGUUCAAUUAAGAACAUUGGAAGAGAGAAAGGCAGUGGCAAUAUAGAAUGAAGACUAUGAUUCAGCUAGCAUUAUCAAGUAGGAAAUUGAGAAGUUAAGGAAUGCCGUAGCUCCAGAUUCAAUGAUACGAAGACCAGAUAGUGCAUAAUAUCAAUAGCCUGUUUAUUAGCCAUAAUAAUAAUUCUAAUAGUAAUAGUAAUAACAAUAAUAAUACUAUUAAUAAUAAUAAUAAUAUUAGCCACCCCCUGUUUAGUCUUAAAUGGCUUUUGUUCCUCCUUAUUAAGCUCCUCCACCAUAGAUGCCAAUAUAAGGAGAAGAAAUGAUUUCAUAAUCGUAAUUUGAAGAACAAAGAGCUGAUCCAUCACAAAUGAGGCAAAAAAGAGUAGCAAAAGAAUUGAAUUAACAUCAUGAAGACAUGAUUGUACCUGCUGCCUUAAAAAAGCAAAAUAAUAACCAAUAUCCUGAUGAUGACAAAUAGCAAUAAUAAUAAUAUACAACUGAGCCGUUGACAGGAGAGAGUCUAUAAAAAGCUGAACCAUUAAUACCAAUUUUGACAGAGGAAUUCUGUUAAAAAAUAUUCAGUAAAUAAUGGGGAGCCAGAGAGGAUGGAUUAAAAUGGUUGGAAGAGUAGAUUUGGUAGACCAACUUAAGUCAACUCAUAGGAUCCCUUCCAUCUUCUUUUUGA